AUGGCCGCCAAAAUCUCCGUCGGUCAGGUCCCGGCCAUGUUUGCCCGGCGACAGCAGCAGGUAUUCGGUGUCGGAAGACGCCUGCAGUCCACCUCUUCUCAGACCCAGAACCCCGCCUACCCGCUCUACCCCUCUGUCGCCCAGCUCCUCCGUGAGAAGGGCAUCCCCAAGACCGAUGUCUCCAAGAUCCCAGCCUCCGGUCCCAAGGGCCGUCUUCUCAAGGGAGAUGUCCUCGCAUACAUCGGCCAGAUCGCCUCCGACUACCCGGCCACCCAGGCCGCCACUCUGGCCAAGCUCGCCCACCUGGACUUGAGCAACAUCAAGAUCGCCCCGGCCUCGGCCCCGGCCGCACCGGCCGCAGUCGAGGAGAAGCCCGUCGCAACUCCUCCUCCCAUGACCUCAGUCGCCAUUUCCAUCUCCCUGUCUGCCGUGCUCUCCGCCCAGAAGAAGCUCCAGGACAACCUUGGCGUCACUGUUCCUCUGUCCCGAUUCUUGGCCGUCGCCACAGACAUCGCCAACGAGGAUCUGCCCCGUCUGGCCAGCUACAAGCCCUCCGCCGAUGAGCUCUUCGAUGAGGUCCUCGGUGCUGAGCCCGUCGACUCAUCCCGUGGUGACUACCUGCCUGAGCUGAAUGCUUUCGAGGCCCCUCAGACUGUGCGCUCCAAGCCUGUCACUGAGGACCUCAUUGAUUUCCUCAGCGCUAAGCCUUCCAAGAAGGCUGCCCCUGCAGCACACGUUGAGUCAGCACCCGGUGCUGCUUCUAACGUCUUCAGCUUGACCGUCCCUGUCGAUGAGCAGUCCCGCGCCAAGGAGUUCCUGGAGCGCAUCAAGACUCUCCUCUCCGUUGAGCCGGCUCGAUUGGUCCUUUAG